GAUAAUGUAUGCUUCAUGGCCAAAAGUAUGUGGACACCUCACCAUCACACCCAUAUGUGGCUCUUCCCCAAACUGUUGCCACAAAGUUGGAAGCAUACAAUUGUACAGGAUGUCUUCGUAAGCUGUAGCAUUACAAUUUCCCUUCACUGGAACUAAGAGACCCAAACAUGACAUUGCCCAAGUAUUACAGUACCCCUGUACGCACAGCGAGGUCCAUGAAGUCAUGGUUUGCCAAGGUUAAGGGUGGAAGAACUCAAGUGGCCUGCACAGAGCCCUGACCUCAACUGCACUGCACACCACUGGGAUGAACUGGAACACCAACUGCACCCCAGGCCUCCUCACCUGUCAUCAGCGCCUGACCUCACUAAUGCUCUUGUAGCUGAAUGAGCAAAUCCCCACGUGCUCCAAAAUCUAGUGGAAAGCCAUCCCAGAAGAGUGGAGGUUAUUAUAACAGCAAAAGGGGCUAAAUCUAGAAUGGGAUGUUCAAAAAGCACAUAUGGGCGUGAUGGUCAGGUGUCCACAAACCUUUGGCCAUAUAGUAUAUAUGAACUCUGACCAUGUACUGUAAAUAAUCCAAAUUAUAAUUGGAUGAAAGAUUAGGAGCAUGCACACCUCUUUAAAGCAAUCCACAUAAUCCCAGUUAGUUCUGCCCACAUCUUAAGUGUAGAAGACAUCACACACGAGUGUGUGGAGUGUGUGCAGUUACAGUCCUACAGGAAACUCUCAAAGGACAUUUCUCAGCUAAGGCACCUAUAUGGCUGUAGUAGAUCAGGAUGUGGCUGAAAAGUUUCUGGACAGUAAUCCUGCCUUUGCCAAGCAAUACUAUGAUUCCCACUUUAGGGCCCAGGUUGUGUCGAACCUGCUGUCCACAUCCAAGAAGACUGCAGUGGACAUCAGCCAGUACCAUGACCUGAGCUCUGUGGAGGAGAGCGAGUUUGUGUUUGACAUGGUGCGGGACUUUCAGGACCACCUACAGAUGGAGAGGGCUCUGUUCAACCUCAUGCGCCAUCUAAGCUUCAUAAUACGUGCUGACCGCAUGAGCCUGUUCAUGUACCGGCAGAGGAAUGGCACGGCCGAGCUGGCCACUCGCCUCUUCAAUGUCCACAAAUAUGCCACAUUGGAGGAGUGCCUGGUCCCUCCAGACAGUGAGAUUGUGUAUCCACUGGACAUGGGUAUUUUGGGUCAUGUUGCCACCGUCAAGAAGACAGUUAAUGUACCUGAUGUGACACAGUGCCCCCACUUCAGUGACUUUGUGGACACACUGAUAGAGUAUGAGACUAAGAACGUACUGGCGACUCCCAUCAUGAACGGGAAGGACAUGGUGGCUGUCAUAAUGGCGGUGAACAAGAUUGGUGGCUCCUGUUUCACCACACAGGAUGAAGAGACGCUAGACAAAUAUUUGAACUUUGCCAAUCUUGUUCUUCGAGUGUUUCAUCUGAGCUACUUGCACAACUGUGAAACCAGAAGAGGACAGGUUUUGCUCUGGUCUGCCAGCAAAGUGUUUGAGGAGCUGACAGAUAUUGAGAGGCAGUUCCACAAAGCCCUGUACACUGUGCGAGCCUUUCUCAACUGUGACCGCUACUCCGUGGGCCUUUUGGACAUGACCAAGACAAAAGAGUUCUUUGACCUUUGGCCUGUUCUGAUGGGUGAGGUGCCUCCAUAUUCAGGACCAAAGACUCCUGAUGGCAGAGAAAUCAUCUUUUAUAAAGUGAUUGAUUAUAUAUUACAUGGAAAGGAGGACAUUAAAGUAAUACCGAACCCCCCUGCUGAUCACUGGGCUCUGGUCAGUGGAUUGCCCACCUAUGUGGCUGAAAAUGGCCUGAUCUGUAACAUCAUGAAUGCUGCCCAGGAUGACUUCUUCAACUUUCAAAAAGAGCCUUUGGAUGAAUCUGGCUGGACUGUAAAGAACGUCUUGUCUCUACCCAUCGUGAACAAGAAAGAGGAAAUAGUUGGCGUGGCAACAUUCUAUAACAGGAAAGAUGGAAAGCCGUUCGAUGAAAUGGACGAAACACUAAUGGAGUCCCUAACUCAGUUCCUGGGCUGGUCAGUGCUCAACACAGACACUUACGAUAAGAUGAACAAGCUAGAGAAUCGCAAGGACAUCUUUCAGGACAUGGUGCUUUACCAUGUCAAGUGCAGAAAGGAUGAGAUCCAGAACAUCUUGAAUACUCGUGAGGUGUAUGAGAAAGAACCAGAUGAAUGUGAAGAAGAUGAACUGGAAGACAUUCUGGCAGAAACUUUACCAGACCCAGAGGAAUCAGAGAUCUAUGAGUUUCAUUUCUGUGACUUUGAGCAUACUGAGCUGGACCUGGUUAAGUGUGGUAUUUCCAUGUACUAUGAGCUGGGAGUGGUGGACAAGUUUCAUAUACCUCGUGAGGUGCUGGUGAGAUUCGUGUACUCAGUCAGUAAAGGCUAUAGAAGGAUUACCUACCACAACUGGAGACAUGGCUUCAAUGUGGGCCAGACGAUGUUCACACUUCUCAUGACUGGUGACCUGAAGCGCUACUACACAGAUUUGGAGGCCAUGGCCAUGGUCACAGCUGGUUUAUGCCACGAUAUCGAUCACCGCGGGACAAACAACCUCUACCAAAUGAAAUCUGGGAACCCGCUAGCAAAGCUGCAUGGUUCUUCCAUUCUCGAGAGGCACCAUCUGGAGUUUGGUAAAACCCUGCUGAGAGAUGAAGGUUUGAAUAUCUACCAGAAUCUUAAUCGACGGCAACACGACAUUGUCAUCCAUUUGAUGGAUGUAGCUAUUAUUGCCACAGACUUGGCUUUGUAUUUCAAGAAAAGGGCCAUGUUUCAAAAAAUUGUGGAUCAAUCCAAAACCUAUGAGAACUGGACCGACUGGACCAAGUACAUGAUGCUGGAGACGACCAGGAAAGAAAUUGUGAUGGCGAUGAUGAUGACUGCCUGUGAUUUGUCUGCUAUUGCCAAGCCCUGGGAGAUCCAGAGCAAGGUGGCACUCUCUGUGGCUGCGGAGUUCUGGGAGCAGGGUGACCUGGAGAGGACUGUGCUCCAGCAACAACCUAUUCCCAUGAUGGACAGAAACAAAGCAGAUGAACUACCCAAACUGCAGUGCGGUUUCAUCGAUUUCGUCUGCUCCUUUGUGUACAAGGAGUUCUCUCGCUUCCACGUGCAGAUUACACCCAUGCUGGACAGGCUACUGAACAACAGGAAGGAGUGGAACGCUCUUAAAGAAAUACAUGAGGCCAAACUGGCGAAGAUUGAGGAAGCCAAGAAGGCUAAGGAAGAGGCUGCAGCUGCGGCAGCAGCCGCCAAACAGGCAAGCGCAGCCCAGGCAUCCCAGUCCAAGACCUGUGUCCUCAGCUGAGUCUUCAACCGUUCAGAACAGAAAUAUUCCAUAUCAAUAUCAACAUAUCUAUAUAUUCUCUUUUUCAGUUAGAUUUUAGAAUCUAGAUUUUAGAGUUUAGAAGAUUAAAGGGAUCAAAACAACUACUUAAUGUCUGUGAUGUAGCUAGGGGAGAGUAAAUAUACUAAAUAAAAUCACUAUAUGAUCUGUACAAAUUGCCUGUUUGAUUCUCUUUUAAAUAAAUUGCCCUGGUAGCCAAUAAAAUGUGAUUACACAAACUAAGGGAUGAGUUCGUUCAAUGUCUGGGUGGUUAAAUGUGGAGGAAUUGUAAUGAUGAUGUCCAUUGACCUUUUAUGAACAUUAUUAUAGCACAAUUACAGCACAAAGCAUUUGGAAAUGUCAUAAAAUAUUUCAGGGGGCUUUAAACCCAACCCCCCUCCCCCAAGCUAUGCUGCUGCUUAAUGUGCUGGAGAAUUUAGUAAAUUACGAAUAGUAAUAAUAAUACAUUGAUAUGUGUAUAUUAGUUAAUGUACAUAUAGAGUUUAAAUGAUUAAUUAGAGCACUGUUGAAAUUUUGUGUAGUUGCCAAACAUUAGACUGUAUCUUUCAUUUAAUUUGUACUACCCUUGUGUGCAACAGAAUUAUGUAUAUUCAGUAAAAAAAAAACCUGACAGUGCUAAAAAUAAACAUAGCAAAGAUAAUAACUGAUUUACGUGUUGUGACUAAGCCAUGCUUCUCUCCACCUAGAGGAUGCUGCGCACUCGGCUGAGCUCUUGUGCGUGCUAACCGUCCCACAGGGAGCGUGCAUAAUGAUCUAACACACGGCAGGAUGAUGCCCGCAGGGGAUGGUGUAAUUGAGCGGGGAGGCGAGUGAGCUGAUUGGCAGAUUAGGAGCUGGUGAAUGGGGGGGCUUUAGCUACAGUGCUGACGUCAUCUCAGACGCACAGUUAGGGUACGUCAGCAUCGUGUGACGUAAUGGUGUACUGUCUUUGGAUUACAAAGCUGCAGGAAGGGAUAUCUACGUGUUUUAACCCUGCGUUGUCAAGAGAUUUACGUGCAUUCACACACACACACACACAUCUUAUGCAGAAAGCAGAAUCGCUCAAGGUAAUGAAGCGGUAAACUGCCACCAGCAGCGUCAUCGGGAUACUGCAUUAACGUAAAGGUUCUUCUCUUCUUCCUUUCCAUCUGGGACUUUGCCUGGUUACAGAAUCUUCAGUAUCCAGUUGUGCAUCUACUGCUUACACAGUGUGUAGCUCAGCCAUGACAAGGAUUCAGCACCCUCCUCUCUCGAACUCCUGUCCAACCUGCACUGCUCGUUCCAGGACUAAUUUCAUA